AUGGAUAUUGGUAGUUCUAAAGAGAAGACAUUAACAUUUUAUGUCAAUGGAUUGAAGGUUGUAGAAAAGUCUCCAGAUCCAAAAUGGUCAUUAUUGUUUUAUCUGAGAACAAAGUAUUUAACAGGAAGUAAAGUGGUAUGUAAUGAAGGUGGUUGUGGAGCUUGUACUGUUAUGAUCUCAAAAUAUGAUCCUAAACAAGAUACCAUAUUACAUUAUUCAGUCAAUGCCUGUUUAACACCAGUAUGUUCCCUACAUGGUUUAGCUGUUACUACUGUUGAAGGUAUUGGAAGCUUAAAAACCAGACUACAUCCAGUUCAGGAACAGAUAGCUAAAAGUCAUGGAUCACAAUGUGGUUUCUGUACACCAGGUAUGGUGAUGUCUAUGUACUCAUUGCUGAGAAAUUACCCACAACCCUCUAUGAAGGAUAUUGAGAAAUAUUUAGAAGGUAAUUUAUGUCGUUGUACUGGUUACAGACCUAUAUUAGAUGGUUAUAGAGCUUUUAGUAAAAAAGGUAUACAGUAUGAUCCAACACAAGAACCUAUAUUUCCUCCAGAAUUAAAGAUCAACAAUGAAAAGUAUAGAAAUGAAUUCCUGGAGUUUACAAGUGGUAAACAAACAUGGUUUAGACCAGUGAACUUAUCACAAUUAGUAGAACUAAAACACCAAUAUCCUCACUCUAAACUUGUAGUUGGUAACACAGAGAUAGGUAUUGAAAUGAGGUUAAAAGCUAUGAAAUAUACAGUACUUAUUGAUGUUUCUGAUAUUCCGGAACUGGUAGAAGUCAAGGACAAGAUUCUGGAAUUAUUGUUGAAUAAAAUAGACUCUAUACCAGAAGAGAAAACAAGAUCAUUCACUGCCAUAGUUGAAAUGUUAAAAUGGUUUGCUGGAAAACAGAUAAAAAAUACAGCAUGUAUUGGUGGUAAUAUAGUUACAGCUAGUCCUCUAUCAGAUUUAAAUCCUGUAUUACAAUCUCUAGGUGCUACAUUACAACUCACUUCAUCAGCAAAUUCUUCAAGAAAUGUAGUAAUGGAUAGAGCAUUUUUUACCUCCUAUAGAAAAACUGUGAUUAAAGACACAGAGGUGCUUCAUUCUAUUUUUAUACCAUAUACAAGCAAGAAUGAGUAUGUAUCUAGCUAUAAACAAGCUACACGUAAAGAUGAUGAUACUGCUAUUGUAAAUACUGGGAUGAGAGUUGUCUUCAAUGAAAAUAGUAAUAUUAUAAAAGAACUCUAUCUAUCUUAUGGUGGAAUGGCACCAACAACUGUCAUGGCAACUGGAACAAUGAAAAAACUUGUAGGAAGAAAAUGGGAAAAUGAUCUUAUUCCUGUUGCUUGUGAAGCUUUAGCUGAAGAUCUGCCGCUACAACCUGAUUCUCCUGGUGGAACUAUAGAAUAUAGACGUACUUUAACGACUAGUUUCUUCUUUAAAUUUUACCUAUCUGUAAUUCAACAACUCUCUAUCAUGGGUUUGACUAAGUCCCCACCACAAAGUGAAAUGAGUGCUAUAGAAACACCAGAUUAUGGAUCAACUGAAGGUAAUCAAUUCUAUGAAAAAGUCUCAGAAGCACAAGCUAUAGAUAACCCAAUAGGAAGACCUAUUGUUCAUCAGUCAGCUUAUCAACAUGCUACUGGUGAAGCUAUUUAUGUUGAUGAUAUGAUUCCAUUGAAAGGAGAAUUGCAUGUAUAUCCAAUAUAUAGCAGUAAGGCACAUGCUACUUUGGUAUCAGUGGAUUUUAAGCCCGCUCUUGAAUUAGAGGGCGUUGUUGGAUAUAUUGAUUAUAAAGAUGUUCCUGGUUCCAACAUUUUGGAUGUUCCACAGGAACAGUUGUUGGCUAUUGAUGAGGUUACAUGUGUGGGAUGUCUAAUUGGUGGUGUAGUAGCUGUAUCUAGUGAUAUAGCUGUAGAAGCUAGUCAUUUAGUGAAAGUGGAAUAUAAAACACAAGACAAACCAGUUAUAUUGACUAUACAGGAUGCCAUAGAACAUAAGUCAUUCUGGAAAGAUCCAAAGAUUACUGCAUGUGGUGAUAUUGAUCAAGGAUUAACACACUGUGAUCAUGUUCUCAAAGGAGAAGUUCACAUUGGACCUCAACGACAUUUUUACCUCGAAACCCAGUCAGCUAGAGCUAUACCUAAAGAGCGUCAUGGUAUGGAUCUGUACUCAGCUACACAAUGUCCUGAUACAAUACAGACUGGUGUUGCUUCCUGUAUAGGUGUAGCUUCUCAUCUAGUCAAUUGCUUUACUAAAAGAGUUGGUGGUGGUUUUGGUGGAAAAGAAGUACAAUGUUUAUAUACAGGUUGUCUGGCAGCACUAGCAGCUAAAAAGUAUGAUAAACCAGUGAGAUGUGUACUAGAAAGACAAGAUGAUAUGGUUAUAACUGGUGGUAGACAUUCAAUAUAUGUCAAGUAUACAGUUGGGUUUUCAACAGAGGGACGUAUUUCAGUGUUAGAUAUUAAUUUGUAUGUAAAUUGUGGUGAUGAUUUAGAUGUUUCUGAGCCUGUAAUAGAUAACACAAUCUAUAGAUUGGACUGUGCUUAUAAAGUAGCCAAUGUAAAAAUAACAUCAUAUCUCUGUAAAACUAAUGUUAGAUCUAAUACAGCUAUGAGAGGUGCUGGUAAUAUUCAAGCUAUGUAUAUAAUGGAAAAUAUUAUUCAACAUGUCAUUGACCAUCUUCGUAGUGACCCUAUAAAGAUACGAGAGAUGAACUUCUAUAAAGAAGGGGAGAGAACUCAUGUGAAUCAGAUAAUUGAGAAUUGUUUUAUAGAAAGGUGUUGGCAAGAAUGUUUAAAAACAUCAGAUUAUUACAAUCGUAAAAAAAAAGUUGACCAGUUUAAUAGUGAAAAUCGUUGGAGAAAAAGAGGAAUCAGUAUUGUACCAUUGUGUUAUGGUAAUUCAUUUGGUCUCAAGAUGUUAAAUCAGGGUGCUGCUCUAGUAAGUGUAUAUAAAGAUGGAUCAGUAUUAAUAGCUCAUGGUGGAGUGGAGCUAGGACAAGGAUUACAUACUAAAAUGAUACAGGUAGCCUGUGCUACACUAGGUAUACAGUAUGAUAUGGUACAUAUAGAUCAAACAGCUACUAAUACUGUACCUAAUGGUACACCUACUGCUGCUAGUGUUUCAUCAGAUCUUAAUGGUAUGGCAGUUAAGAUUGCCUGUGAGAAGAUAUUAAAAAGACUGGAACCAAUUAAGAGUGAAAAAGGAACAGAAUGGAAGGACUGGGUGAUGAAAGCUUAUUCUGAAAGGAUUGCUCUAUCGGAUACUGGAUUUUACAGUCAACCUAACCUAGGAUAUAUUGCUGAAACAGGCUGUACCAAUACAUUUUAUUAUUAUUCAUUUGGCGCUGGUUGUUCAGAAAUAGAAAUAGAUUGUUUAACAGGUGUUCAUAAGGUAUUAAGAACAGAUUUAGUAUAUGACUGUGGUACUAGUAUGAAUCCAGCUGUUGAUAUUGGACAGAUAGAAGGUGCUUUUAUAACUGGCUAUGGGUUAUUAAUGUUAGAAAGAUAUAAAGUAUCAUCAACUGGUAAUGUAAUAACUCGUGGACCUGGUAAUUAUAAAAUACCAUCUUUAACUAAUAUACCAGGUGUAUUUAAUGUAUCACUACUAAAAAAUUCACCAAAUAAAACUGCUAUAUUUUCUUCAAAGUGUGUUGGUGAACCACCCCUACUUCUAUCAAUGUCUGUGUUUCUGGCAGCUAAACAGGCUAUAAUGGCAGCUAGACAGGAGUCUGGUGUUGAAGGAUAUUUUAGAUUUGAUUCUCCUGCCACACCAGAUAAUAUCAGAAUGGCUUGUGUUGAUCAGUUUACUAAACAGUUUCCUAUAUGUGAAGAUAAUAAUGUAAAACCAUGGUUUGUAAAACUCUAG